AGCACCAAAACUACACAGAGAAACCCUGUCUCAAAAAAACAAAAACAAAAAAGAAUAGUGCAAGCCCCCUACCCAUACUUACAUAACUCACCUAGCCUUAAGCCUUCAUGUGCAGACUGAGAUGCAGAAAUCAUAUAAGAAUGUAGGUUGUGGUUCAAAAGGUAUAUUAUAUUCUGCUGCAGUUUCUGUUCUGCAUGUGUCCUGUGUGCAUAUGUGUAGAGCAGGGGAUAGUCUCAGGACCCAAUGUGUUCUAAGUGUGUUAUGUCUACCUGAGCUAUACCUCAGCUUUUUUACAUUUCUAACCAACUUCCAGGAAUCACUGAGUCAUCUGUGUGUCAACAACACUUUGAGCAACAAACUAAAGGAUGAUGAAAGAAAUGAAGCCAUAUCUGCCUCAAAGCACCUUAAUAUUGAACCCACCUCUAGUUCAUGGCCAACUCAGGGAGACAACACCAGGGCUUAUUCUAAUUGCAUAAUUCUGAAGACAGUUGACUUCAAUACACAGUCCCUGACUUCAUAUGUGCCGGCUCCAUACCUUGUGCAAGAAAGGGAAAAUACGCCACUGAUUCCUUGGUCGUAACUUCCUGUCUGGGUAGAAGAAGGAUGAUGACCUCAGCAGCUGUCAAAUUGGCACAGAAGAAUGCAAUGGGAAUCAUAAGGGAAAAAGUCAAGAAGUAGCGAUGGGCACUCACCAGCCAAUGGAAAUGUUCCUUCUGGUUGUCCGAAAGCAUACAAUUCAAUUGGAUGAAGCUGAAAGGCUGAAUUUAAACAAAUGUAAUCAGUGUUUGCUAGAAAGAUAUUUACAAGGUCUGGGUAGAUGAAACUCAGGCUGAGAAGCUGGGUCUUCAAGAUUUCUCUAGGCUUGCUAAUACACCCACCAGACCACACGUGAUACAAGGGACUCAGUCAGCAGGGCAGGCCAGGUCCUACUCUGUAGAAAGAGAAAGAUGGGACCAGAAACACCUCAGACGCACAUUGUGAAUGCCUGGAGAACAUGAAGCAUAGAGGUGGUCCUCAAACACGUUACCCUUGGGAAAUGGGUCCUAUGGGGCUCGUGUGACCAGUGAAUACAGCCUGCUAGCCUGACGCCCAGCAGGGAGGGAGUCUACCAUGGAUGGCAUCAUUGAACAGAAGAGUGUUCUGGUGCACAGUAAGAUCAGUGAUGCUGGCAAAAGGAAUGGCUUAAUUAACACCAGAAACUUCAUGGCUGAGAGCAGGGAUGGCCUGGUGUCCGUUUACCCAGCACCUCAGUACCAGAGCCACAGGCUGGUGGCCAGUGCAACACCAGGCAGCCUGGAAGGAGGCAGAAGUGAGCCAGUGCAGCAACUGCUGGACCCAAACACACUGCAGCAGUCCAUGGAGUCCCACUACCGUCCCAACAUCAUCCUCUACUCAGAUGGUGUACUCCGCUCUUGGGGGGAUGGCGUGGCCACUGACUGCUGUGAGACUACCUUCAUUGAGGACCGGUCACCCACCAAAGACAGCCUGGAGUACCCCGAUGGGAAAUUCAUCGACCUCUCAGCUGAUGACAUCAAAAUCCACACCCUGUCCUACGAUGUGGAAGAAGAAGAGGAGUUACAGGAGCUAGAGAGUGACUACUCGAGCGACACAGAGAGUGAGGACAACUUCCUCAUGAUGCCCCCACGGGACCACCUGGGGCUCAGCGUCUUCUCCAUGCUCUGCUGCUUCUGGCCUUUGGGCAUUGCGGCCUUCUACUUGUCCCAUGAGACAAACAAAGCUGUGGCCAAAGGAGACUUCCAUCAGGCCAGCACCAGCUCCCGGAGGGCCCUGUUCCUGGCAGUGCUAUCCAUCACCAUUGGAACUGGCAUCUACGUGGGUGUGGCUGUCGCCCUCAUCGCCUACCUCUCCAAGAAUAACCACCUGUGAGCUUCCUAAAGGCUGGCAGAAGGAGGGGAGCCAGGCCACGUGUGUGAGGGUUGUGAAGAGACACCUGUGUAAUACUGUACAGUACAAGUGAUUGCCAAAUGACUCCAUGAUGGCCCUGGAAUCUUCUACUCCUGGACUACUUCUUCUUCUUCUUUUUUUUUUUUUAAUCCUUCCAUUUCAUCUUCAGCACUGUGCAGAGCACCAGGCAGCCAGCAAUGCUGAUUCUUCCACAUGGAAGCUCCAAAGAUUCCAGCCCAGUGGCUGAACCUGGAUGGAUUCUAAUGGAUCGAUGAUAACCCAGCUCUGCAGCCUGCCAGUGUCUGGACUGCCACCCCAUUAGCAAUAUACAAACAGUUAAAAAAUAUGUUUAUUUUUUAUGGAAUAUGGUGCAAUAGGCAGAAUGCAGGAGACAUGUCACCACUAGCUGUGGCCCGCUUAAGUCCUCUGUGUCCCCCAUCCUUGUGGCUUCCUUUCAGAAACAAGUGAGGUUGACAAGGAAAAGAAAACACCUGCUGGGAGAUCUGCUGUCUCUGUCCACAGAUGGGUCCUGCCUGAGAAUUCAAAAUUAGAGGAGCAUAGCGCCUAUCCUGGCCCUGCUCAGUCCCAGCACGCCGCCCCAGCUUGGAGCAUCGGGCUCCAUGCAGAUACCCAGCAAUACACAGUUCUGGGGCCUCAUUAAUCUUAAAAGGGAGGCAGCCAUAGCCCCGCCUCCCUCAAGAACAAGCCCAGCAUUUGCCCCAGGAGCCUGAAGGAGAGGAACUGUGAAGACACACAGGAUGUUUAACUCUUGGACGCUCAUCCUGGUCAUGAGCAGCAAUACUGGGAUCCCGGAAAUGAGAUGGGCCUUACUCUGUCGACUAAAUGAAUGGCUAUUUUCUUGUCAUUUUUUUAAGUGCAACUCUUGCUUCAUGCUGCUUCAGUUGCCAGAUGAAUGCUGAGAAAUAAGUAAUCACAGAUGUUUUAAUACCAUGUCAUUGCUGUUUUACGAGUGUUCAUUAUUUAACAAAAAUUAUCUUUUA